UCCUCUUUUGGCUCCAACUCAACGAGAGGCACCGGGUCGGCUUCGGAAGACCAGGAAGAGUAGUUUGAGGAACAGUAGGAGACUAAAGCGGAGAAUUCGGGCCACCAUGAGAACUGCCAGGCGGGCCAGCGCCAUGGAGGUGCCCUCAUUCCUGCGACAGCUAGUGAAGGAAACCGAGAAGAUGGUAACCUUCUUCUUCAAGGGUGGGCGACGGGAGUCGGGAGCUGAUGAUGACUACUUUGAAAAUGAAGAGGACAUAGGGAGACCCUACCUAGAAAGGCCCAUUUUGGCGAAAGAUAUGGAAGAAGGGGGUUCGAAAUGGGGCAUUAACUACGCCAUGGCCAGUAUGCAGGGCUGGCGUGCCCAGAUGGAGGACUCCCACACCUGCAUGCCAGAGAUGACCGAGGCCUUGCCAGACUGGAGCUAUUUUGCCGUGUUCGAUGGACAUGCGGGGAGAAUGGUGGCUCAGUACUGCUCCAAACACCUGCUGGAUUUUAUUCUCGACACAGGCUGUGUGACGGUGGAUGAGGAUGUAGAACAUGUCAAAGAUGGCAUCAGAAAUGCCUUCCUCUGCAUCGACCGCCACAUGCACGCCCAGAUCCGCAAUGAGAACUGGGACAACAGCGGAUCUACAGCAACCGCUGUCAUGAUGUCUCCACGAAACAUCUACUUCAUCAACUGCGGCGAUUCCCGGACCUUCCUUUGCCGUAACAGCCAGGUGGUCUUCUACACGGAGGACCACAAACCCUUCAACCCGCGCGAGAAAGAGCGCAUCCAGAACGCCGGGGGCUCCGUCACCCUGCAGCGCAUCAACGGUUCACUGGCCGUGUCCCGCGCACUUGGAGACUUUGACUUUAAGGAGGUGGAAUGGAGGACUCAGACCGAACAGCUGGUGUCGCCUGAACCAGAGGUGUACGAGCUGGAGCGAAUGCCAGAAGAUGAGUUCCUGGUAGUGGCAUGUGAUGGUGUCUGGGACGCCAUCAGUAAUGAGGAGCUGUGUGCGUUUGUGCGCAACCGCCUGCAGGUCUGCGAUGAUCUGAGGGAGAUCUGCUCUCAGGUCAUUGACCUCUGCCUCUAUAAGGGAAGUUUAGACAACAUGAGCAUUAUCAUCAUCUGCUUCGAUGGCGCCCCCAAGGUGACACCAGAGGCACUGCAACAGGAGGCAGAGUUAGAGCAGCUCAUCGAGCAAAAAGUGGCGGAGAUCAUUAAUGUGAUCAGAUCUAAAGAUGGGGAACCUGACCUGCUAUAUGUGAUGAAAUUCCUGGCAUCUGAAGGUAUUCCCGGCCUCCCACCAGGUGGAGGAAUCUCAUGCAAGAGAGAUUGCAUAAUUGCCGCAUAUCAGAAAUAUGCAGCAGCCUUUAGACCUCUUGACCCAAUGGAUAUUGGCGGUUCUGAUGACUCCACCUAGUGGCCGUUACCCUGAAGAUGGAAUCAAGCCUUCAAUCUCUGUAGAUGUAAUAAUUCAUGUGAGGACUAUAUUUGUGUGCCACCUGCUUUACAGAGGUCAAAUUGUUUAGCCAAACUGUUCCUUUUUUUAAAUCAAUGUUGUAUAUUGUACACACUGAA